AUGGAUGAAAUUAAAAUAGAUAGAUCUAUUAAGGAGAAUUAAUAAAUAAAAGAUUUGUUUUCUAAAUUUCAAUCCUUAAACAAAAGAAGUAACGAUCAAAUCAAUUAAUAACUUGAAUAAUUAUACAAUUCCUUAGAAUAACAACAACAAUAAAAUUUUUCAGUUUCUGAUUUUAAUUCAUCUCCAUAAUUGGAAUAUGAAGAUCUAUUAUACUUAUGUAAAAAUGUAAAUCAGCAUUUCUCUUAUUAUCCAAGACCUGUUUAAUUAUUAUCUGUUAUAGAAUUAUAUAACCAUUAAGAUAAAAAGGGUCGUUUAGCAUAGAUAAAUACGGGGAAAGGAAAAACUCUAAUUGUAGCAAUGCUAGCCAUUCUAUUGUGUAAAAGAAAAAAUUAAAUGUCGACAUUGUAACUAGCUCUCCAGUCUUGGCGAUUAGGGAUGCUAAUGAUUUAGCUCCAUUUUAUCAAUUAUUUUCAGUAUCGGUAGCUCAUAAUAUAAAUGAGUAUCCAAGCAACUUAGAAGAGAUGCUUCCAUGUUAUAAAUCUCAAGUCAUAUAUGGAGAUCCUCAUAGUUUCUAAGCUGAUAUACUUAGACAUAAAUAUUCAAAAUUAGGAACGAUGGAAGACAGACAAUAAGGGUAUAUCAUAAUAGAUGAAGUUGAUGCUAUGCUUAUUGAUGGAUAUAGCCAUAAGACUUUAUUAAGCACACCAAUUCCAGGAAUGCUUGACUUAACCAAAAUACUUAGAUUGAUUUGGGAUGAAAUUUGUAAAUCAGAGCCAAAUCUAUCAACAGAUAGAAAAGUUAUGAUAAUAGACGGAAAAGAUUAUUAUUGUAUUGGUUUAGUAGAUUAUGUUUAAAAAGCUUUGGAAAUUUAAAUAAAGGAAAUUAAAUACCUGCCUUUCGAUUAAAUUAUAUCAACUUUAUGAAGAAACUUUGGAUUGAAAAGCAUUAACUUUUAGGUCUAACAGGUACAUUGGGAUCCUAAAUCACACAAAAUUUAUUAGCCAAAAAAUACAAUGUUGACUUUGUUUUCAUGCCUCCUUAUAAAUAAAGUCUCUUGAAAGUAGAGCCAGGAAUAGCAGCCUAAGGAGAGAAUGAAUGGUUUGAAGAAAUAUCAAAAGGUGGAUUAUAAUAGUUGGAGAAAAAAAGAGCUGUACUAAUUAUAAAUAGAACUAUUGAAGAUGUUCAUAAAAUUGAAGGUUAUUCAAAAAAUUACAAUAUUAAAUCUACCACUUAUGUUGACGAUAAUUAAUAAAUAUCAAAAGAAAUUGGUCCAAAUCAAAUUAUUAUUGCUACAAAUUUGGCUGGAAGAGGAACAGAUUUGACUGCUAAUAAAGAAUUGGAAACUAAUGGAGAUCUGCAUGUCAUUAUGUCUUUUUUACCUCGUAAUGUUAGAGUUUAACUUUAAGGGUUUGGUAGAGCUGGAAGAUAAGGCUAAUAGGGUACAGCCUAACUUAUAGUAAAUUUCUAAACAAAUCUAUAUCUGGGCACAUUAAAUUAAAUUAAAACACCAGAAGAUGCAAUAAGUUAUUAUAAAAAUAACUAAAAACAAUAAAAUUAUACUUACUUAGAUGUUCUUAUAUUUUUUCGAGAUUUAAAUGAAUAAUAAUAUUCAAAUGAGAUAGAGAAAGAGAUGGAUAAAUUACAAAAUUAAGACAAAUGUUUUGAAAAGUUCUAUAAUAUUGCAAAGACUUAGGUAAAUAUUAAAACACAUAGAGCUGAAUAUCUAGCUUUGGAGGAAAAAUGGGGACUUUAUUUGGAACAAAAUUAAGAUAAAGGAAUAAAAGAAGAUGAAAUCGAAAGUGUUUUUAUUUCUAAAGAAGUGUAAAAUCCAAAACAUUUGAUAUAUUAGGGACUUUAAAAUGGAGAUUUAAAUAUUUUCAAAAAGGCAGCUGAAAUAGCUAUUUGCGAUCCUUAAGUGUACUAUUUUAAAGGAUUAUUUGAAAUUUAAAAUGAAGAAAUAUCAAACGGAAUAUAAUCAUUGGAGUAGGCAAAAUCAUUGUUUCAAAAUAAAAUUGAUGAUGAAAAAGGAUUUGCUACAGCUGCUAAAUUAAAUAGAAUUCAAGUAGAUUCGUUUUAAGUAAAGUAAUAAAUAAACAAACCUUCAUAGACAAAUAUUUAAAAGGAAGAUUCACAAAUGAAAAAGUUAAACUUAAUAAAUGAUUCAAAAAAUCAAAAAAUAUCUGCAGUUUAAUUUUUGGAAUAAAGCAAAGUCUCAAAAGAUGUUGUUGAAUAGAAAAUAUAAAACCAUUUAAAAGUGUAUUAAAAAGCAAUAGAUAAUAUUGAUGAGCUUUUAAACACAUUAAAAAACUUCCAAUCUGAAAAAGAGGAGCUUAAUUUAAGUUGGUAACCAGUAAUUACGAAAGAAGAAAAAGAGAACGCUGAAUCAGAGCAAUGUAUUAAAGAUUAGCAAGAGGUUAUUGAUGAUGGACCUUUACCUUAGUUUGGGAAACUUACUAAGAUAAAAAAAGAGAAAAAAUGA